CCAGUCAUCACUCGUCAUAAGUACAAAUGCUCCAGUUGUGUAUGUAUGUCGGUGUAUGUUUUGAGUGAUGGUUCAUAGUAGUAUUUUAAAAUGAGAUGUGUAGCGGUAAUGAUGAAUGAGUGUCGACGAUAUAGUGGCCGAAACACACUUUAGGAUGCUCGUAGAAGGGAACUGGACUAUAAAAGAGAUGAGAAUCGGAUGGAUAUUGCCGAGAAAUGAAUAGUUUCCCAAAGGCAUCUGUAAGAAAGUUAUUUUUUCAUUUGUACGAAGAAAGCAAAUCGUGGAGCUUACAAUGGUUAGAUUUGUCGGAGCACUGUCUGAUCUGUGGAUAAGGGCCCGCUUUAUUUGUCCCAUUUCAAUUAUGAGGAACCGUCAACAACAACAAAGCGCACAGCAAUGUUUGAAGAGUUCUGCUGGUAUCAAAUAAUUAGCUCCAAUAAAAAUGUGAAUGCCCAUAAUGCAGGCAAAGAAACGCUAUCUGCUGCUGUUCUGUGCAUUCCUAGCUUCUGUUUACUUUGGAUGUUAUAGGAAGAAAAGUGAAGAAGUUCUUUCAGAAGUAUGUACUUUGCCAGAAUUUAUAAAUGUGGGUGCCAUACGAACAGGUAGUGUUGGGAGAAGGAAAGAGAGGUCCACCAUAGAGAAUACUCAACUGUGUCGGAUGGAGACUUGCUUUGACUUCACCAAGUGCAAAAAUGACUUCAAAGUCUAUGUAUAUCCUUCAGAUGAAAAUGAUAGUGAACCUAGUCAAUCAUAUCAGAAACUUUUGAAUGUGUUAAGGGAGUCCAGAUAUUACACAUCUGAUCCUACAGAAGCUUGCCUUUUUGUUUUAAGUCUUGACACUCUAGAUAGGGAUAGAUUAAGUGCUGAUUAUGUAAGGAACUUACAAUUACGCAUACAGAAAUUACCACUGUGGAACAAUGGAGUGAACCAUUUAAUAUUCAACUUAUAUUCUGGCACAUGGCCUAACUACACAGAAAACGGCCUUGAUUUUGACUAUGGCAAGGCGAUUCUUGCAAAGGCCAGCAUGUCUGAGCAACACCUGAGGCAUGGCUUUGACAUCAGCAUACCGUUGUUCCACAAGACACAUCCGGAGAAAGGGGGCAAUCCCGGCUUCGUGCUUAGCAACAAUUUUCCCUUGAAUAAAAACUAUUUAUUGGCAUUCAAAGGGAAAAGAUACGUUCAUGGUAUCGGAUCGGACACCAGGAACUCGCUGUACCAUCUCCAUAAUGAACAAGACAUCAUACUAGUCACCACCUGCAAACACGGCAAAAAUUGGAAGGAGAUGAAAGACGAAAGAUGUGACGAAGAUAACAAGGAGUACGAUAG